UGGUUUUUUUUGUUGUACAGGGCGCUCAAGGAAGAAAAAUAUGCUGCCCGCAGGGCAAUAUUGCCAUUGCUUCAAGCCGAAGAGGAUGAAAGAUUUGUCAAAGAAUGGAAGAAGUAUCUCGAGGAAGAGGCCAGAAUCAUGAAAGACGUGCCUGGUUGGAAAGUGGGUGAAAAUGUGUACAACUCUGGAAGGUGGAUGCCUCCAGCAACUGGGGAGCUUCGUCCCGAUGUCUGGUAAAGAUUUGAUGGUCCAGUGUCGAAAGUUCUUCUGGUGAAUGGGUUUCAGCAGUAACAUAGUUUCUUUCCUGCGACAUUGCACUAUCCUCUGGCUGGAAUUCUUAUUUAAAUAAAGAUGAUGUUGAAAAAUCUGUUCACUCUUAUUCAAGCUACUUUACAAAAAUCUGUCAAUUUGCUUUUCCAACACAGUCCAUUUUGCUUGAAAAUGUGGGACCCAUGAAAUCCUCUGAUUUGUAUGGGACUCUUCAGAUUUUACGAUUUAUAUCUUCCUUUCGCAGUCUAAUAAACGUCAAUGUGGUUUCUUUU